GCUCGCUGAGGCUCGGCCGUCGAUGCUUAGUGCAGCUAUCGUCUGUUUUUUUCGAAUUGUAUCCUGAAGCUGAUCAGCUGUAGCAUCAUGAAACUUCGGCUCAGCGGUUAUUUCCUGGUAGCGGGGCUGUUUCUCAUCGCCUCGGCUCUGACACCUGAAGAGUGCCAAUCAGUGCUCACACCUUUGUCUCUGGACGACCGUUCGACGAUGUACGGCAGGUGGAACUUCAUCGUGGGUUACACGGAUCAUGAUGUUUUUAACAGCAUCCUGAAAAUAACAGAGAGCUCCUGGAUGAAUAUCUCCACGUCAUCGAGCCCAAAUGAAGAUGUUGUAACUCAGGAGGAGAAGAUGAAUGGAACCUGCGUGGCCACAUCUGUGACGGUGGCCGUUGAUGGCAAAGCUGCUUCCACGACAUUCGCCAACCUCACCUCAGAGUUCCACGUGCUACCAAGCUGUGAUGGCUGCUUAGUCAUGAGCAUCAACUGCACCACCAAAAACCUCGACAAAUUUCUUCAGGCGCUGAAAAUCGACAGCAACCCUACAGGGGAUGAGAUCAGCGUCCGGGCUCUUUAUUUGUGGAGCAGAGAGUCGACCCUGAAGGACUCGGACCUGGAACAUUUCAAGCAGCAGGCGAGCUGCCUCGGCUUCUCCAGAGACCCAGACUUCCUCUACGACACCAAGAACGAUUUCUGUGCCGAAGGCGAGGGCGUUAAAGUGUCUCUAAAAUAAGAACAGCUGUCAUGAAUAUUUCAAGCUGAAGCUGACAAAGUAAAGAAACAAAAAAUGUCUCAAAAGUCAA